UCAUCAAAAUCAUUGCUUACAUCAGACCUCAUGCAUCCACUUUUCAUGACCCCUCUCUGAACACAUUUUCACUCUCUCACAUAUGUGGCCAUGCGAAACCACGCCUCUUCAGUUACUCACGUAUCAACAUGGCGACGUGCAGAAAGAUGGUACGAAGCGGAAGAAAUCUGUGUACUCUUUCUCUGGUUAUUUCCCUUCAACUGUUAACCAGCGGCUGCCUGUCAGCUCCAGUAACUAACGUAACGGAAGCACCAAGCCAAGAGAAAGAUGGGGGAAACGCAUCUCAAAAUCUUAAUUUGACCAUUGCGGACAAGAACCUAGGUGACGCAGAGCCUUCGCCAUCUCAACAGGUUCCAGCGACUUUAACAGAUUCCAAGGAUCCUACGACACCUGCUGGCAAUGUCUUUGCAACAACAGAGGAAGAUGCUCCUAAAAACAACCACACAACAGCCAUUCAACCAAAAAUGCCUGAGGAAACAAAUCCGGUCACCAUCUUUGAUAGCUCUGAUAAUACACAGCAGGAAGGAGCUGUCAGCAAUGGGGAUACAAGAACUGAUGCGGCUGGAAAGAAACCAGACCAAAAUAAUGCGACUGGUGGACCUGCGGAUUCCGAACCCACCCCAGCUUCUAGUCCAGAAGUUCCCAGCACCUCCGCCAAAGCCCCUGAACCAUCCAAACCUGUCACGGAAGAGGUAGACACAGCAGUCUCCGACGCCAAACCCGGCAACACUCUGGACCCGUUCACACUGCAGGACACCGAUGCAGACCUGCUGAAGACCACUGACAAAGCGCCGGCGCCUCUGAUUGAUCUGGAUGUUUACCAAAAUGAAGGCGACGAUGACGCUGCCUACGGGAACAGCGAAGAUGAUGACAACAUUGACGCCCCAUAUGAAACCGAUGUCAAAGACCAGACUGUGAGACUGUCAGACGGGAUGGAGGUGCCCCGUUACAAGGGAGCAGACAGCUACAACACAGAGGAUGAGGACUCCCACUUCUUCUUUCAUCUGGUCAUUCUGGCUUUCCUGGUGGCAAUCGUUUACAUCACCUAUCACAACAAGAGGAAGAUCUUCCUUCUGGCUCAGAGUCGGCGCUGGAAGGACAGUCUGUGUUCCCGCAACACCGUGGAGUAUCACCGCCUGGACCAAAAUGUCAACGAGGCCAUGCCAUCCCUCAAGAUGACCCGAGACUACAUUUUCUGAUCCACGUUCAGAAGAACAAUAUGUCCAGACCUGCACAGAGCCAGUUGGCCUUCCUGCCUGGCCACAUUGUUGAGAUGCUGUGCUUUGUCAUGGAGCCUGAUUGAUGCUUUCUCUUGCUUUACAGGCCAACUGGAGAACAUUAUGUCUUUGGGAUUGAAUUCUGUUUAUUCAGGACGUUUCUGUUGUCUGCAUAGAGAGAAUUGUAUAUGUUAUUCUUAUUUGCUAUGUUAUUUGUCUUUUUUUCCACACAAUUAAUGACUUAUUGGGAUUUAAUAUUUUGGUUUAUUAGGAUCUUAUAUUUGUCUUUUUUGGGAGUGUUUCAGCCUUAUGGUCCCUCUACACCAGUUUCCCCUGAAUUUAGGUCAUAAUAUAAUGCUUAAUUAUAACAGAUUAUUUACCCCAAGAUUAUUAAUAGAUUUCUCUCUCAGCAGUUAUAUCUCUCAGCCAAUAUAUGAAUUGACACACAAAGCAUUUGCUGUGCUUGUUGUGUCAUGCAUACUUUUGUAUUGUAAAGGUGUAUGUAUGCAAACAAAGCAGCAAUCUAGGAGAAGCUGAUACAUAAAUGCAGUCAUUCAAAACAACUGGCCACCGCUCAUGUUGAAAUGCUCUAUUUGCCAUAGAUCUUGCUAUAAGAAAGUAGUGUAAACUAAAAAAACUGAUACAUUGGGAAAAUUGAUUUAAAUUUACAAAGUCAAAGUAUUCCUUAGUGUUUGAUAUAAAAUUAAUUUGAUCUCAUUUUCUUUAUCUAGCAAAGACAGAUAUCACAUUUUCACCGAAAUUUCAAAUGUAGUUAAAAUUUAUUUUCAACUGUUUAACCAUCACCAAUGUUUCCUGUCACACCUUUGCAAAAAAUGUCUAAUAUACUGUUCAUUUAGAUUUGACAUCAUAUAAGGGAUGUAAAAUCCCUAUUACAUUUUAUUAAUUAAAUUAAGCUGCACAUUAAGUCAAAGAUGGGGGACUACUCUUCAGGUGAGGGGUCUGUCCACGUGUUUAAGCCAUUUAAAUGAAGACAGAUACUGAAUAUUGUUCAGGUUAGAAUGUACUAAUGUAAUGUAUGGGAGAAGACUUUUUCCUUGUUUGUCAUUUUACUUGUCUACGGUACCUGUUCUAUUGCCCAGAUUUUGCUAUGCAGAAAAUCUCCGGGGCUGGCCCUCUUUGUUUUAUGGCUUCGGUGAAGUCUCUUAUCACUCAUUUAUGGUCUUCAUUGUGGCAAAAUAUGACUCACGCAGAACUUUUAAUUUUUAGUUGCCUCCUGUCAGAGUACAGUUUGGUGGACUGGUAUCUCUGUUCAUCAGAAAUUUUGUCUGCUGUGUGUGGCCUGAUGGUAACUUUUAUAUCAUUCAUUACCAGAGUACAAACCGUGGACAGUGUGAGCAAAAAAACAAGAAAACACCACAUUGUAGUUUGUCACUCAUGACUCUAUUUCUUAUUCCUCACAGUCGCAUGUUUUUUUGUCUGUUGCCGUCUCAUGCCUUCAAUUAAAAUGCCAUAACUUCCACAUAAAUCCACAUAUUGUUUAUCAAUCUCUUGUCGCCUUCUGCCAGUUGUUUUCAGCUGUCCUGCCCGUAUAUAAAGCUACACAGUGGUUAGAUUGAUAACGCGAUUUGCACUGUGCCGUUCAGUCAUAUUAGCUAGAAUAUGAGGGGAGGUGUCCUGCGUAAAGGUGAUGAUUAACACUGCUCUUGCAAUCAACAGUAGAAACUGUAUAAUCUCUUUUUCUGUCAAUAAAGCACAAAUUGUGUACGAAGUC